GGUGUUUAUUAUGGAACGGUGAUACGAGUUACAGUGCCAAAGUUUCUGAUGGUUUUUGUUGCGUUGGAAACAAUGUACUAUUAUUGGAAGUAUGAAGUCAAGGAUUGGGAACACCUUCGAGGUAUAGAGUCAAUGCCGUUGAAACAAAUCAUCACAAAGGAGAAGGUUCGUCUAUCCCACUCGUUUUUGAGUAGAUGCUGA